AUGGAUAUGAGGGACUUUCCUGUGAGGUGGGGGUCGGGGGAGAAACCCAGCGUGGACAGGAGCCAUCUACUGAGGGCGAGACUGUUGCAUCAACCCGGUCCUCUUCCCACCAUCCUCACAGCCCAAUCCCCCCACACAACCAACACCGCACGGGGUCCUCCAACCACCUCCCCCAACCAUCCACCGGUCCAACGGAAACCAACCAGCCCACACCCGCAUCAUACUCCCAACCAGACCUCCCCGCUCCCCCCCCCCAAGACCAUCCGAUCCCCCCCCAUCAAUUCACCGGUACCCAACGCAACCCCAGCCACGCAGUCCAUCAACCACAACCUAGCCGUCCAUUCCGACCCCCCCCCGCUCAACACAUCCCACCAGACCCACCCCGUCCCCACCACAUCCCUUGUCCCCACACUACUCCACCGUCCCAUACCCCCACAACACAUCCCGGUCCCACACAACCCCACACACGACCAAACAAAUCACCCGGUCCACAUAUCCACACUCCACACCGGACCACCUAGUCCACCCACCCCCGCGGUCCCACAACCCAUCCCAAACUCCACCAACCCAACCCCUAUCCUACCUAGCCCCAACCUCAACGUCCCAUCUCACACCGUCGUCCACCCCCCUAACCAAACCAACUAA